CGGGCGGCGGGGCGGGAGGGGGAGCCCGCGGUCCCGGCCCCGCGGGGGGCGGCGGCUCCGGCUGCUCCACCCUCACUUUGUGUCAGCAGGUAGGAGAGCGCUGCCCUCCCGGGGAGGAGGCGGCCAGCCGCAGCCUGCCCGCGCCGGGGGUCGCGCCCAACUCUUUAUUUCUAGCUUUAUUUCUUCCUGGAGGACGGGCUUUCCCGCAGGAGCCCCCGGGCUGUCCGGCGGCCGCAGCCCCGCGCCCGCAGGAGGGACGAGCCGAGCCGAGCCGAGCCGAGCCGGGCUGGGCUUCGCUGCCGGGUCGCUGCUGAUGGUCCGGGGUUUAUUUUCCUUCGUGCUCCCCGCGUCCAGAGCCGAUAAUUGCGUUUGCCGUAGCGAGGGGAGAGACUCUGGUACUUUAAAGGAGUUUUUCCGAAGUGUUUUGGGGUUCUUUCUCAGGCCGGUAGAUUACAUGCGGACACUUCACUUUCAGCCAUGCCUGCCCCGGGAGCUUUCUGUCUGCAGUAAUUUUCUCCCUUUGAUCUCGCUGGAUUCUCUUUCGGGCUGUGCAGCUCCGCUCGCACCUACCUGCUUGCUGCAUGUCUGCGAGAGGGGUUUCCUUCUCUUUUUUUAAAUAUUUUUUUUAAAUUAUAAAUACCAAACUUUUAACUUUUUUUUUUUUAAAGAAGACCAAAACCAAACAUCAUCAGACCCACAUGGUUUUUUUUUUUGAGCUACUGGAAAUUACUUUUGCCUAGGAUUUACAGCAAUAUUUCCAUCCAUCCCAGCCACUGGGGACUCCAGCAGGCACACAGCUAAACAGGUUUGCAGAUCAUUUUUUCUUUUCUUUCUUUCCUUUUUUUUUUUUUUUUAAUCACUUUUUGUCUUUGUAGCUGUGUGAUCACCAUAACUUUGGUUUUAAUUGAAAAUAUCCUGUCUAAAUUCUCCCAGUUAUGAAGACUCCUCGGUACGUUUCGUGUGACCUUCGGGCAGACCAUGGAACUUUACGUUUUAUUUUGUGGGGCCUUUAGUCGGGAUCUUCUUAAUGUGUGCUUGGAAGUGGUCAUACCGGAACUCAGGCGUGCACGGGAAUAGUGCGAGAGAAACCAGAUAUGCUGUAAUUCGGUGCUUGAUACCUGUCUGGCUUGGGAUCUAAACUUUUAAAGUUGUUUUGGGGACUUUUUAUUACCUGGGAGCUUGAAACGAUGAGAAGAAGCUCCGUGCUUUAUUAAUUGUCCUCGAGAACUGCACCCGGAGUCAGACUCUGAGCAUGGAUUGCUAGGAGAAAAGUAACUCCAAAUUUGAAUGAAGCAUUUCUGGCAUGAGAAGGAUGGAAGGGAUCAACUCAAUUUGGAAGAGAACGGUACAGAAGCAAACUUUCCUUUCACUAUAAAGGCAAGAAACACCUCCUGCGUAAUUUCUGAGAAGGAUACCGAGUAACCACAGAUAACAUUCAAGGUGGAGAGCUUCAGCUUAUGUGUGGGAAAUGCGAGGAGGUGAGGGGUCCCUCAAGGGUAUUUGAGAUGGAUGUUUUGAACCUGUGGAUCUUCCUAACUCUUGGGCAGGAGACACGAGGACAGCACGUCCACGGCGGGAUCUCCCCGUGCCUCAUCUCUGUGGGACUGACGAGUUCCUAAUGCUCCCUGGUGUUCCUGUAUAUCUGAACUGAUUUCUUGCUUGCAACCUGUUUCGCUGAUCUUUCCGGAUUUAUCUGCUGGAGGAGGGACUCAUAAUUUUUUCUUUUAGUUUGUUUGUUUAAAAUAUGCCUUUGAGCUCCCAGCGGCCUUUGAGCACGUGGCACCGAGGAAGAGAAAAGGUGAUGGCGAGAACCGGAGGAGUUGCCCGGUAAGCAGCGCUGGUGGUGGGUGACUGAGCCCCUCUCUCCUCUUCCUCCUGCCUCCCCGCCGCUGGGACCGCACGCUCGGAAACCCGACGAGCUUUGCCGACGGCUGGAGCCUGCCGCAGGGUGAGGACGCGUUCCUGAGCGGUAUGUGUGGCCGGAGCCCGCUGCUGCAGCUGGUAGCAUGAGUGCUGGCCCCCAGCUGCAGCUGGCUGUCCUCUGGCCUUGGCUGCUCAUGGCGACCCUGCAGGCAGGACUUGGCCACACGGGGCUGGUGCUGGCGGCGGCGGUCGAGUCGGAGAGGUCAGCGGCGCAGAAAGCCAUCAUUAGGGUGAUCCCCCUGAAAGUGGACCCUAUCAUACUGGAAGGGGAGUUUGCAAACGUUGCUGAGGUGACUCCAGCCGAAGGAAAACUGCUGCAGUCCCACCCGCUGUCCCUGUGUAACACCAGCGAGGAUGAACACACCGAAUCGGGAUUCAUCACCAUUGUCAAGCUUGAACAGCCAGAUCGGGAUCCAAACCCCUGCCUGUCACUGGCUAACAAGGCAAAGCUGGCGGGGGAGCGUGGAGCCCGUGCGAUCCUUUUUGACAUUACCGAUGAUGAAAGUGCUGCUGAUCAGCUGAGAAAGCCCAGAGGUCUGAGUCAGCCUGUGGUUCUGAUCAGGGGCCACGAUGCUGAGCUUCUCAUGGGAGUUGUGAACAAGAACAGAGAGGCCCACGUGAAGAUAGAGGUCAAGGAGCCACCAGCUUGGCCAGACUACGACGUGUGGAUUCUUCUCACGGUGGUCAGCACUGUGGUCGUCAUCAUUCUGAUUUUUGUUGUCCGCACAAAGUGCCAGCUGAACAGGACUCAGGACUCCUUGCAGCAGCAGACCAUGCAGGCCAUCGGGCAGCUGGCCACGCGCAAGUACCAGGCAAGGUGCCGGCAGGCAUCGCGGUGGGACUCGGCCAGCAGCUGCAGCUCAGCCCCGGUCUGUGCCAUUUGCCUGGAGGAGUUCAGCGAGGGCCAGGAACUGCGGAUCAUCUCGUGCUCCCAUGAGUUUCACCGGGAGUGUGUUGACCCCUGGCUGCAGCAACACCACACAUGUCCACUUUGCAUGUUCAAUAUCCUUGCCAGAGACUCGAUGGACCAGGCCACAGCCACUGGCUCCAGGCUGGCCCCUCGGGACAUGGAGCCUGGACGGCGACUCCACCUGUUCCGCCAGCACCCGGGACAUGCCCUUUACCACCUCCCACACGCGUAUCCUCAGAGGAACCUCAGGAGCUUUCCCCCGGAGCCAGCCCACGGCAACCACUUCUUCCACUCUCCGGAGCUCUCCCAGGUGGAUUUUGGCACCAUCCACUAUGUUCCCUACAGGCCAGCCACCUCCCUGCUCACCUGCAGCCACCCGUCCCCCCUGGCUCCGGGCUUGCUGGGCCAGCAGCAUCCCAACCCUUCGGCAUGCGGACAGACGCAGCCACCACACAGGACCUGUUCGCUCCAGUCCCAGCCCCCCUGCCUGGGGCUCAAGGCAGCCCUGGCACAGAAGCAGCACCGUGCACCUGCCCUGCGCCGGGGGGUCAGCCACGGGCACCAGCACAACAGCAGUGGUUCUGGGGAGAGCUAUCUCACGGAGCACAGCGGGUACCUGGCAGAUGGGCCAGCCAGCGACUCCAGUUCAGGGCCCUGCCAUGGCUCCUCCAGCGACUCCAUGUUGAACUGCACGGACGUCAGUCUGCAGGGCAUCCACGGCAGCUGCUCCACUUUCCGCAGCUCCCUCAGCAGUGACUAUGACCCCUUCGUGUACUGCAGCUCAGAGGGACCCACCACGGACAACGGCCUGGAACAGCCACGGCCCCCAAGGGAGACACGGCCCAGGUCCUUGGACCUGCUGGUGCCUGGGGGUGCUGCUCCGGCCAAGCCCCAGGUGCUCAGCCACAUCCACUACCACCACCACCAGCACCAUCACUAUAGAAGAGACACAGAGUGGCCACCUGGGCGGGCUGGGCAGGGGCCUGGGCAGCGCAAAUCCCGGUACUCUGGGGCUAAGAUUGGCUUCCACAGUGCUCGGACAGAAAAGAGGACUGAGAAAAGCCAUCACUGUCAGCAGCCUCUGGAAAGCAGCACUGUGCUACAGGAGGCAGCUCUGACAGGACAGCCAGCAUUUCCCCAGCAAGGCCGGGAGUCCACUCAUACCCCCUCUGCUUCUCCAAACAGGUUGGACUUCAGUGUAGAUGCCAACAGACAAUCGGGAGCAGCUGGCACAUCGCCUGUCCCGCUGCCUCUGAGACACAGCUUACAGAGCCGUCAUCACCGAAGGAAAAGAAAGUGUCCCCUAGAGCCUGACCCCGCUCUCCUGCCUGAGGACUCAGCCUCGCCCAAAGCUUGUGAUGCUCACAUUCCUCAUGGCCAUCCCGCUGGCCACCCCUGCUUGCCCGAAGUCCAGCCCCUGAUCCCAAGUGCUCCCCGGCCCUGCAGCUCAGGCUCUCGGCCGCUCUGGAAGUGUUUAGUGCCACAGUCUGGCUCGGAGCUGAAAAGGCAGGAGGACGGGUUGUCAGGAUGGGAGGGAAACCGCACGGUUCCUGCUGAUUUUUCAGGGACAGGUACCCCCAGACACAGUCUGAGUCUUCACCUUCACUGCCCGUCUCAGCAGGGUUGUCAGGGAUCUGAAGAGGAGGUCCAGGAUGUCCAUGAACACUCAGUUUAAUAAAGCACUGGCCUGUUUGCUUACUGGAGAGCUGGAGUGGACAAAGAAGUUCAGCGUACCAGCCAUAGAAGAGCUCACGUCUCGCUCU